UGAUCUACACUUCUCAGCGACACAGAGUAGACACAGUAGAGGAAGAUCAGCUCAGGUGUCUCGGGUGUCUAUUAUAUUUAAAACAUCUGCAAAAAACACAACGGGUUGUAAGCAGCAGAGCAGCAACACGAGGAGCCGCGACCACGUGAUCAAAUGCGGAAAUUGUCCUGUGGAGAAAGUAGUAUUGUAGUGGUGUAGUGGAGAGAAGAGGAGAGCUGGAGGUUUUGGUGCCCGUUUGAGUGUUUUGAGCUGCUCGUGGUUCCACCGCACUAAACAACACGUCCACGACGAUCUGGGUUAUCUGUGCAGUUGGAUGCACGACUGAUAAAAGUAGAAAAGGGUUGUUCUGAGGUCAGAAGCUGAGAUGACAACGCUGUGACAGUGUGUCCCAGAGUGUGUCGGUGCUGGACCUAUUCCUGUGACAUGGCUGCUGCAAAGAAGAGUUGUGCGAAGGCAGGAGGCGUGCGUUUCUCAGAGGAUCCCCCCGCCGCCGGAGCCCCAUCACAUGUUCACUUUGACGAAAAGCUGCAUGACUCCGUUGUCAUGGUGACUCCAGAGGACGAUGGCAACUUCAUGGUCAAGGUCGGCUUCCUAAAGACGCAGCACCGCUAUGAAAUAGUGUUCACCUUGCCCGAGGUCCCGGCUCUGGGGAAGGAUGUGUGUCCGGCUCGAGUACCCAGUCCACACCUCCGGAUCACUGACAUCACACCGGCACCAGAGGGAGGUCUGAAGGUGACGUGCGAGUACAUGGCCCAGCAGGAGGGGGUUCUGUGUGAGGAGGUGCUGCUGCUGAGUGAGACCAACGAGGACGUCUGUGUUAAAGUCAGAGUUCACGCCAGAGUCAUGGAUCGUCACCACGGUACCCCCAUGCUGCUGGAGGGAGUCCGCUGCAUCGGGGUGGAGCUGGAGUACGACUCUGAACAGAGCGACUGGCAGGGAUUCGACUAAAGCUCAAGCUCCACUUCCACCUGAAGUACACACACACACACACACACACACACACACACACACACACACACAUACUUUCCAUCAUAGAAGUGUACGCUUCCCACAUUAAACACACACCAAAUAGGAAAAAGUGUACACACAAAUGAUUUAGUGCCACGUAAUGUACAUACAGCAUUUCAAGUGUUCAGUGUUGGAUUCAGAGGAUGUUUGUGUCCUGAGAACAUUAACAUG